AUGGCGGUGGCGAUGCUGCGCGACUGGUGCCGGUGGAUGGGCGUGAGCCCGCGUCGGGGCCUGCUGGUGGUGGGCAUCCCCGAGGAGUGCGAGGAUGCCGAGGUGCACGAGGCCCUGGAGGCUGCGCUGUGGCCGCUGGGCCGCUUCUCGGUGCUCGGCCGGGUGUUCCGCGAGGAGGAGAACGCCGCCGCGGCCCUGGUGGAGCUAGCGCAGGAUGUGGACCACGCGCAGGUGCCCCGUGAGAUCCAGGGCAGCGGGGGUCCGUGGCGCGUGGUGUGCGUGCCCCGCUGCUCUGGCGAGGAGGUUCUGGGCCGCGUGUUCCACUUCCUGGAGCAGCAGGGCCAGACGGUGGAGAGCGUGGCGGGCGCCCUGGGGCUGGGGCUGCGGCGCUUGCGUUGGCUGCGCUCGGUCACCCAGGCGGUCCAGCCCUGGGUGGAGACCGUGCGCUACCAGCCGCUGGGCAUCUUCUCCGGGCGCCAGGAGCCGGGCCCCGGCGAGGAGCCCUUCCAGGCCUGGCUGGACCACGCCAGCGACAUGCUGCAGGUGUGGCAGGCGGUCUCUGAGAGGGAAAGGCGGCGGCGGCUGCUCGAGGGCCUGCGCGGCACCGCCCUGCAGCUGGUGCACGGGCUCCUGGCCGAGAACCCCGCGCGUUCCGCGCAGGAGUGCCUGGACGCCCUGGUCCAGGUGUUUGGGGAUACCGACUCCGAGGCGGCCACGCGGCUGAGGUGUCUGACGGCUCAGCAGAGGCGGGGCGAGCGCUUGUCGGCCUUCGUGCUGCGGCUCGAGGUCCUGCUGCAGAAAGCCAUGGAGAAGGGGGCCCUGGCCAGAGCCUCGGUCGACCACUUGCGCCUGAGGCAGGUGCUCACCAAGGCCACUCUCAUCGAGCCUCUGGACGAGGCGCUGCGCAAGCUCAGAUUGGUCGGGAGGGCGCCCAGUUUCCUGGAGAUGCUGGGACUGGUCCGCGAGUCCGAGUCGUGGGAGGCCACUCUAUUCAGGAAUGAGAGGGCCCAGGUAGAGGAAGGGGCUGGGGCUGGGGCUGGGGGGCUGGCGGAGGCCAGGGCCAACCACGGGGCAGAAGGUGACAAGGCGGCUGUGAUGGUGGAGACGGUCCACAGUGGAGUGGGCUGGCGCGUGGGUGUCCCUCUGAGAACUCAGCAGCCCUGCUUGGAGCUCCCGGCACGGGCCCGCCUCCCAGGGGACAACAGAUUCUGGAAACAUCGGUUGGCUUCGGGGGACCUCAGCACAGUCCAGCCCCAGCCCCUGGAGCGAGCCCCUGCCCCGUGGGCCUAG